AUGGCUUCCUCUCAGCGUGGCCGCGCCAUCCGCGCAACCUCCGCCUUGUUCCGCCAAGCUGGCCUUCUUCCCCGUUCCUCGCCCAGCUCCGCGCUCCAUCCACCCCCAUCACCCUCCGCGCCUGCUCCGCCGAAUCUGCAAUUACUCCGCGCAAUGUCCGCUGGCCUCCCGCUCCACCAAACCCCCUCAGCCACAGCUAGCGUCCCCGCACUUCCUUCUACACGGGUUGGGUUGCGCGCGCUUCUGCCUCACGGUCCUGAGUCCCUCCCGUCUGGCGCCUCAGCACGGGCAGGAUACGCCACGGUGGCAGUCUCCAGAGACCCGCAAUUUGCCACGUUGGAAGAUGCUGACGUGGAAUAUUUCAAGGGGAUUCUAGGCGAACGUGGCGUGAUCACGGACCCUGACGCCGUGGCAGCAGCCAACGUGGACUGGAUGGGCAAGUACAAGGGGAAUAGCAAGCUGUUGCUGCGGCCAACCACAACAAGCCACGUGGCGGACGUUCUGAAGUACUGCAAUGAGAGGCGGUUGGCUGUGGUGCCUCAGGGUGGCAACACGGGGUUGGUGGGCGGCAGUGUGCCUGUGUUCGAUGAGGUGAGUGCGGACGACACGGGGGUGGCUGUACCGACUGAACCCCUUCCCAUUACAACCAUCACAGACAUCAGUCCAUGUUUCAUCUCCUUGCUUCCGUCACAACCCCUGCUCCCUCUCCCUCUCCCAUCCCCCACUUUCGGGCCGCUGUGCGUGCAUGCCAUGUGGGCGGGUGGGCACCAGGUGAGCGGCAUCCUGGACUGCGAGGCGGGGUGCAUCCUCGAGUCCCUCGACACCUUCCUGGCUGACAAGGGGUUCGUGAUGCCGUUGGAUCUGGGCGCCAAGGGCAGCUGUCAGAUAGGCGGCAAUGUCUCCACCAACGCGGGCGGCAUCCGCCUGCUGCGAUACGGCUCCCUGCAUGGCUCCGUGCUCGGGCUGGAGGUGGUGAUGGCGGAUGGCACGGUGGUGGACAUGACGAGGGCGCUCAGGAAGGACAACACCGGCUACGACCUCAAGCAGCUCUUCAUCGGUACAGCUGGGGAUGGGAUCAUCACUGUGGUGGCUGCACACAACACGUUCUCAACCCCACCUCUCUGCUUCUCCCCCCGCCCCUUCCAACCGUCCCGGCCACCAGGAGCGGAGGGCACGCUGGGCGUGGUGACGAGGGUGGUGCUGCUGGCACCCCCACGCUCGCCCUCAGUGCACGUGGCGCUGCUGGGGUGCUCCUCCUUCGAUGCUGUGCAGCAGGUGUUUUGUGCCAGCAGGCGCCACCUGGGGGAGGUGUUAUCUGCUGCGGAGUUCUUCGACCGCAGCUCCCUUCAAAUGGUGCUGAAGCACAACGAGGGCACGAGGGACCCGCUACCGGAUGGGGAGUAUCCCUUCUACGUGCUCAUUGAGACGUCCGGCAGCAACCCUGACCACGACCGGACGAAGCUAGACGCGUUUCUGGAGGGCGUGAUGGAGGCCGGAGCCGUGGAGGACGGCACGGUGGCUCAUGACUCCACGCAGGCUGCUGCCAUCUGGCACCUGCGCGAGGGAGUGGCGGAGGCGCUACAGCGUGCAGGGGCGGUGUACAAGUACGACCUGUCGGUACCCGUCUCACAGCUGUACGGCCUCGUGGACGAGAUGCGCUCCCGCCUAGAGGGCAGUGCAGCGCAGGUGGUGGGGUACGGGCACUUGGGCGAUGGCAAUCUGCACCUCAACAUCUCCGCUCCCACGUAUGACGACAAAUUGUUGGAGCGGAUAGAGCCAUUCGUGUACGAGUGGGUGGCGGGGCGGCAGGGCAGUGUGAGUGCGGAGCAUGGGCUGGGGCUCAUGAAGGCCAACGCCAUCCACUACAGCAAAGACCCCCAGGCGGUGCGCUGCUGCCUCUCUGCCCAGCUCUCCCUAGCUCUGCCUCUUGAGUGCUCGCAUAGCUCUCUCUUCUCAACACCUCCCUGCCUGGGCUAUACAUCGGAGCCUCUCGCAUUAACCCACCGUGUGUGUCGUGUGCAUGGCAUGCAGGUGGCGGUGAUGAAGAGGGUGAAGGCUCUCUUUGACCCCAACGGCAUCCUCAACCCCUACAAGCUGUUGCCCUCCUCGUGA